AAUGAACAUACGUUCGUAUACGUUGGUAUUGGACUACACGAAAACGCAGAAUUCAAUUGCGAAGAAUAGGGGAUUACAGUUUUUAGGUCUUUUUUUUAUUUUUUUUGCAUUUAAUUAAACUAUUCAAAAAUUAAAAAGCUGCUCUUUUUUUCAAUUAUAAAAAGAUUUUUUAAUAAUAGCUAUAUAGUGUUAACUUAAAAUAUACUGCUUUCGUUAUAAUGUUGCAGAAUUUUGGCAACACUAUAGCGCCGAUUAUACUCAAAAUUUGUCUUUGAACACGUUGUGCUUAUAUUGCCAAAGUUAGAGUCAUCUACAAUAUUAGAGAUUCAAGAAAGCAGUACGCGCCUCAGUCUACAUUUAUUAUAUUGGGUUGUGUAAAGGCUUUGAUAUUUAUUUGGGCGUGCACCGUUGUUGUGCCACGUGAAAUGUUGCCAUUUACACCGCAAGUUGUUAAACGUUUAUUGGCAUUGAAAAAGUGCAACGAAGACAGCGUCGAGGGCAAGUGGUCCGAAAAGGCUGUUAAAAAUCUAGUCAAGAAGAUUAAAAAAAAUUCGGCUCUUGAGGAAUUGGAGAGAGCCAUAUCUACCCAGAACUGUAAUACGCGUUGUGUUACAGUACCGCGCAAUAAGCCGACCGCCUCCGGUGAGAAUUUACGCAAAGGUUUACCGCAUGUUAUCUAUUGUCGUUUGUGGCGCUGGCCGGAUCUGCAGUCGCAAAAUGAAUUAAAGGCUUUGGAUCAUUGUGAAUAUGCUUUUCAUUUGCGCAAAGACGAAAUUUGCAUUAAUCCGUAUCACUAUAAAAAAUUGGAAUUGUCUAUUUUGGUUCCGAAAUCCUUGCCUACCCCGCCGGAUAGUAUUGUUGACUAUCCGUUAGAUAAUCAUCAGCAUCAGAUACCAAAUAAUACUGAAUACAAUGCAGCGACGUUACGUAGUGCUUCCUUAAGUCCGCCUCAAUAUAUGGAAUUAUCGACUAGCAGUCAGCAUCAAUAUAGUCAACAACAAUCAUCGCAGCAGCAACAGCAACAACAACAACAGCAGCAGCAGCAGCAGCAAACGGUCCAACAGCAACAGCAUUCUCCCGGGUUUUUCAGCGGUAACGGGAUGAGUGCUACGGCCCAGCAGCAACAAAUGACUACAAAUAAUUUACCGCCCGGAGCUUGUAACAUGGACUCGCAAUCGAGUGUGUUGAGUGUAGGCAGCAACAGUAUACCCAAUACAGGUACCCCACCGCCUGGUUAUAUGAGCGAAGACGGUGAUCCGGUAGAUCCCAACGAUAAUAUGAACAUGUCACGGCUAACGCCGCCUGCUGACGCUGCACCUGUUAUGUACCAUGAGCCAGCUUUUUGGUGCUCCAUUUCCUAUUACGAGUUAAAUAACCGUGUAGGCGAAACGUUUCACGCUUCGCAACCUUCAAUUACGGUGGAUGGCUUUACUGAUCCUUCUAAUUCGGAGCGUUUUUGCCUAGGACUGCUCUCGAAUGUUAAUCGCAACGAAGUGGUCGAACAGACACGACGUCACAUUGGCAAAGGUGUACGCUUAUAUUAUAUAGGUGGUGAAGUUUUUGCUGAAUGCCUUAGCGAUUCAUCGAUAUUUGUUCAAAGCCCAAAUUGCAAUCAACGCUAUGGCUGGCAUCCGGCUACUGUGUGUAAAAUACCGCCCGGUUGCAAUUUAAAAAUCUUCAACAAUCAAGAAUUCGCUGCUCUGCUCUCACAAUCGGUAUCGCAAGGUUUUGAAGCUGUCUAUCAGCUAACGCGGAUGUGUACCAUACGCAUGUCAUUUGUGAAGGGAUGGGGAGCUGAAUAUCGCCGUCAAACGGUCACCUCGACUCCAUGUUGGAUUGAAUUGCAUUUGAAUGGACCGUUGCAAUGGUUGGAUCGAGUACUCACUCAAAUGGGUUCACCCCGUCUGCCUUGCAGUUCGAUGUCUUAAA